UCGAUCGCCUCCUCCGCAUCAUCAUCACGGCAACAACAAGAGAGUCUACCGUAGGCUCUACACAGUGCGUGUGUCUGUGAGGGAGAGAGGGGGAAUCAUAUACUUUACAUCUCAUUCUGGCCUACGGUUUUACCGGCGCUUCUGGAAAAAAGGGGAAAAAGCAAAAUGGCCUCUGAGGGACGGAGGAAAGGAACGAGUUCACAGGUAGCCAUGACGGUGGUACGCUCGCUGCUUAUCCUGUGGAUAUGCUCCGGGUUGUGCGUCUGCGUUGACGAGGUGCCAAUAGGCUUCGAUCAAGACGCCACAGACACCGCUGACGUGCCCGCCGGGGACCAGCCAUCAGCAGCGGACACGGAGCCAACCGACCAACCCCUGAACCCCGGCGGCAGUUUGCCGCCCCCUGUGGAUGUGGAGGGUCAGGAGGGCGAUUUGGGCAGCGAGCCGGCGGAGGACACGCAGCACUCCGUGCCGGAACCAGACCAACCGGACCAAAGCGAGGCUGUGGAGGAUCAGAGCGAGGCUGUGCAGGAUCAGAGCGAGGCUCCACAGGAAGAGGGUGAAAGCGCGUUCACAGAAAUGCCACCCGUGGAAACAGAGGCAAAUCCUGUUUCAACGAAGGAGCCAGCGGAGCCCACGGAACAGCCGCAGGAGCUGGGCGACUUCGUGGUUCGUAACGAUGACGGCGUUGUCUGCUUGAGGGCGUGCUUCGCGGCGCUAUUGAAGGUGGAUUACUUGGGCCAGGACGAAGACGGCAAGGCGGUGAACCGGACGGCCGAGAUACCAAUCCCGAAGAAGGCAGAUGUUGGUGGGUUCUGCAAUCGAGGACCAGAUGGGCAAGCAGCUCUGGAGCUACGGUGGGACGAGGAAAUGUACAGCUUGAAGAUCACCUUCCAGAAGCAAAACUCUACCAUCAAGGGGGACCCGAAUUUCUGGGAUGCACGAGUGAUCCAGUUCACAUUCGACACCCGGGAUAGCUAUUACUUCGGUGCUGCUUUCAAUGCUGGUGAACGCGUGGUCCGCACCAAGAAGGGGGCAACAUUCUUUGCAACACCGCAGGGCAACUCUCGCGUCUGCGAAGCCGAGGAUGACAUCGUCAUGCAGUCAACCUCUAACAACACAGAACAGGUUACCUUGGAAAUUAGUCAGUUACAAUUGCAGCCGUACGGGAUGCAGAAUGGAACAUUUAGCGAAGGUGUUGAUUGCGGUGAGGAUUUAAUAGAAAACCCCAACACCAACGUAGCCUCCAUCGCAGUCGGUGCAACCCUCGCCUGCUUGAUACUAGUCGUCAUUAUCGUCUACGCGGUGGGCCGUAAGAUGGGCGCCAUCAACGACCGGUCGGGAUACAAAUCAGUAGAGUAGCCUCUAGUCUGUUUUGUUCUUAAGUUCUAUUAACGAACGGCUAUUAACCAACGUUGAUUAUGUUUGUUAUUUUGCUGAUGCUGCUUAAGUUAGUUUCAGUUGGCAAGAAGGAUAAGCUUGUGACAUUUUCUUAACUCGAUUUAUUGCAUUUGUAUUGUAACUAAGCAGUGUAUGCAUUAUUUUAGCCACUUUAUCAUUCAAUGUUGCGCUUUACGCACUUUAUGUUUUGGAAAGUGGUUGCACGAUUUACACGCAGUUGCUUCAGCAUACAACACCUGAGGCUUGAAGCAGUUAAAAAGAUGACUUCUGAAGUGUUUUUGAGGAGGGAUACCAUACAGUGCGCGGUUGAAACAUGAAAAGCCCCCUCCUACUAAAGGAUAUAUACCCUAUAUUCAUCAAUCUUGACAUAUCUGUGGUGCUUCUGCCAAGAACCUUGAUAUACUAAGGCCUAGAUUAAAGCACAUAGGCCUAAAGGAUCAUUUUGCAAACGCUCAAAAACGAACCUGCCAAAUUAUUAAGAAAUAGCUCACUGUAGGUAAAUGAUAGUAUGAAACUUCAUGUGAAGUGUUGUUGAGCCUUGUAUGCUGUCAUUCUCAAGAAAAGAGGUAUUUUGUAUCAGUACUAACGAUGGAUAUGAUCUAACCAUCGCUUAGUGACUAACAUUUUUUUCUUCAAUUACAUCCGUUUAAACGACGGCGAGCCAGCUGUUGACUUCUUUCCCAUGACAGUAUGCGCGGCAGAUCCAGCUGAGCUGCACUAUCACCGAUGACGGUUGAGAAUGAACAGCGUUAUUUGUUUCGAGUUUUCCAGCACCAAUGGACAUUGAACAGCUUAUUGGAACGAUGUCUGCUAUCAAAAAAAAGAAAGCCCUUAAAUAAGUCCAUUUUAUGAAAUUACGACGUAUGCAAAUGAUCCUAUAAGCCGUUAAUGCUCAGCCAACAAUGGUUAGUGUCACCUAGAACUAUUCUGUAUGAUAUCGAAACUCGCCUGAAAAACCAAAGGGUCUAACUUUUUGGCUUCGCAAAAUUCUCACCCAUUUAAGCUUCAUUGUGAUGAUAUUUGCCUUGAUAAUUAAUUGUAGUUUCAUUGUUUUGUUUUCCGUUAAAUAAAUAAGUAGUUGAUGGUUACAAUUCUUUGCACAAUUUUAAAGUGAGCUUAUAUAGGGAUUAGAUAAAAACAUGAAGAAAUCAUAAUUAGUCAGUUUGUGUGUGAAACUAUAGUUCAAUAGCGCACGUCACCUCCCUUGUAACAGGGAAUUCGAGUAUCUUGUUAAAUACACCAAAAUUACUAUGUGCAAUAACUGUUAGUAUUAUGUAUUCUAUUGUAUAGAGAUUAUUUUAUUGUAUUUAUUAAUGACCUGGUUCCCAUAGUGUGUGAAAAUAUGUGUGUAUAGUUGUUGUUAGGCUAUAUUGUGCUCAAAACUCUUAAUUAAAAAAAAAUCACUUUGUUUUAAUCAUUGCAGCGAUUGUUCUUAAAUGAGCCUUUUAUGUGGGAACAACUACACACAGUGCUUACGAAUGAAUUUGUCAUGUCCAACUAAAAAAAAACCGGGCAAUGUUGUACCACUCUUAAAAUUUCCCGGGUCAGACUCGAACCAAAUCUGGGUCACUGAGAUAUGACCUUUCCGGGUCAAAAUGCCACUUCUCUUAGUCACUUGAUCGGACUAUUUGACCCGGAAAACUGUUAAUUUGGCACGCAAAAAAAAUUGUCAUUUUGUCCAAAUAAAGUGUCACUUUUACAGGCAAAAUUGCCAUUUUGACCCAGAAGAGUCAACACUGACCCGGAGACUGAUGGGUCAAUUCGGACCUGGUACUUUUAAGGGUGUCUGUGGUUACGGCUAUUGACCAAAUGCGUGCCUCUGGCUAAAAAGAGACGCCGUAGCCACUAAAGACCCGUUUUUGGUACAAUCACGUUGUAAGUUCCUGUCUUAAAUUGGUGCACUAGGUUCUCAUAGCUCAGCACCCUCGAGUCAAAAACACGAGCAAUAAAUAUGAUGCAGUAUCGUAGACUUUGUACAACUAUAUGCAUUUGAAGAGUAAACAUGUAUUAUUAAUGUAUACUUUAUAGGGCUACCCAGAUAAAAUAUACCAGACAAGAU